UGAAAUAAAUUUCAAACAAAUUUAAAUUGGAAAAUUCUUGAUUGACGGAAAUGUGGAGCAGACAUAUUCAGAAAUUCAAAAUUAAAUGUUCACUAUCAAUGAAGAUUGAGGAAUCCUGGCAACAUUGAAGAAAUAGAUAAUUGGAGUAUGAAAUGAAACAAGAAAAUUUCAUUACAAUUUAUUGGCAUAUGAUCGUAAUAUAUCGAAAUUCGAAAUCCAACGGUAUAAUAAAUGGGAUAGUAUGCAAUGGAAUUCUAAAAAAAGGCUUGUGAUGAAGUUCAUGUGUGGUUCAUUUGGUGAAAACACUGCACUAACCUAAAAAUACGAAUCAACAUCAUUGCGAACAGACGAUUCAACUCGGUAUUUUGGAUUGAAUGUCACAUUAUUUGAGCAUUGAAAUUCGGAAUUUCAAUCUGCGUGAACCAGACUGUUGUCUUCAUUAGGGACCCUUGAUGUAAAUUGACGUAUUUGUCAUCUUAUAACAAAAACGUCAGUUUACAUCGAGGGACCCUAGUCUCUAUUUGGAUAAAAUGGCGAUCAUGUCUGUAAUACCACAGAUCAGGGUGACAAUUUCAGACGGGCAGCAUGCAAUAUUUCUUUAAUAAUUGAUAAAAUUUUAUGAAAAUGUUCCGAAAUACUUCAAUUUGUAUAUCAAUGGGGGGGGGGGGCAACUUUUGAAGUACCUAUUCGUUGUUAUACAUCACAUCCACAACCCCUUCACCGUCUGGCUGACUACCCUUGAGAUUCUAAAUGGCAACACAUGCUAUUCUUGAAGUCGUUAUGAGAUUCCACCUAUUUUCAAUUUGUUUCCUUUGAAUUUGAAGAAUCUACUCAACCUUACCAAUUCUUGUUCAAAAUGGUUUCCAAUGUUUUGUGAGCACAAUUACAGCCGAUAUUCCAGAGACCUUCGAGGUCCGCGAACAGUUCGAAAAUCGGCGGUACCUUUGCUCACAAAAUAUUGGAGAUACGUAACUAGAGGUAUGUACAGUGUGUCCAGUUUUCGAUGCUUCUGCGAGAUAUCUCAGUUAUCUUUGGAGGUAGAACCUUGCGGUUUUCGCGCUCCUAUGCCACUUUUCUGUGAAACUCAAGAUGACCUAAUCACAAUAAUCACAUUUUGCAUAACAGUUUCCGUUCAUGAGAUACAGGGUGAUUUUGAAAAUUAAUACUUUUUGAACCCCCUCUAUAUCUAUGCAAAAAUGUCAAAUCAAAAUCGUAUCCUAUGAAGAAUAAUACUCAAAAUCCAGUGAUGUGCUCAAAAAAUUUUUUCGGGGUAUAGUUUUGCAGAUUCAACUCAAACUUAUGAUUUCUUGAAUGAAACACCUUGUAUUUUGUGAGCUCAUUGAAUUCCUCAUUCUCUUUCCUUCAAAAUGAUAUAUAUGUAUAGAUAUGAAUUUUUCAAAAAUGCUAAAAAAUCAUUGAAACAUUGAAUUUUGAUAGUGGGCUAAUUAAAAAUAUAUUUUUUUCAAUUUUUCCAUGGAGAGGAAAAAAACAAUAUCAACACUAAUGAACUAACUAAACACAAAAUGUGGGUACCUGAUAGCAACAAAUGAAUACUAAUGAAAUAUUCAUAAUGCAUAUGUACAGACACCUGAUUAAAUAUUUACUAAAACUAUCUAAUUUCGAAAUUAUUCACUAACUUAUACAUUGAGUUUAAACCGAUGUCUAUUUUCCCUUACACACAAUUGACACACAAAGGCGGUUUCCCAGGAAUUGCAAAGACAUCCUCCAAUGAUUUUGAAUGCAUUAAUACGUAUUGAGAAAGUUCGUGAGGGAAAUUGGACAUAAAUUUGAACAAUACAAUGAAUAAGUCACUGAAAAAUUUCGAAACUCAAAUGUUCUAGUAAAUAUUCAAUCAGGUACUUAUUCUACAUCAUGAACUUUUUAUUACUUUAUAUUUGUUGCUAUCAGGUAUCUGAGUUUUGUCUUCUGUUAGUUAAUUAGUGUUCGUAUUGUUAUUGUCCCCUUCAUGGAGCAAUCGAAGGCAAUAUUCCUUUAACUUCCUUUAUAUGAAAAAUCCAUAGCCUAUACUAUUGAAAUUCAAUGUUUUAGUGAUUUUUGAACAUUUUUGGAAAUUUUAUAUUCAUACAUCAUAUAUAAUUUUGAAGGAAAAAAAAAGAAUUCAAUGAGCUCAUAAAAUACAGGAUGAAUCGUAUCUCCAAAACCAAACCACGGAAAAAUGAAUUGAGUGCGCCACUGGAUUCUUCGUGAAAUUCUCUAUGGGAUGAAAUUUCAAUUCGACGUUUCCGCUGAUAAACUUCGUAGAUAUAGAGAGGGUUCAAAUUUGUCUAAAUUUUCAAAAUCAUUCUGUAUCUGAUGAACGGAAACAGUCAUGCAAAAUCUGAUCAGGCCAUCUUGAGUUUCAUAAAAAACGUGGCACAGGACCGCGAAAACUGCAAGCUUCUAUCUCCAAUGAUAACUGAGAUUUCACGCAAAGCAUCAAAAACUGGACACACUGUACAUCAUUUUUCUCAAUAUCACAAUGAACUGAAAUCCACAUAUUCGUAAGGUUAAGCAUUGUAAUUUCGAAGACAAAAAAUUGAAAAUAUAUGUAAAGGUGUGACUUAUCUGGAAUCAUAUACGGAUUUCAAAAAUUGCAAAAUAACUAGGGGAUGUCAUUUGAAAUUUCAGAACUAGUUGCCCUCACGGUGGAGGGGUUGAAUGAAAUAUAACAACAGAUACCUCAAAAGUUGUCCAUCUUGAUAUGUUAAUUUACGUUUUCCGCAAAAUUUUCAUGAGGUCAUCAGUUGAAGAAAUAUCGUGUGGUGCUCGUUUUCAAAUUUUCACCCUGUAUGUACAUUCCCUGAACUUUGAUAAUACCAUAGAUUAACAGCAUUCUAUUCGAGAGAAAAAUAGUUGAGGGUAUAGUUUAUGAUGGUUUAUGCAAAGUCAGUUGAACAUAUCAUCAAACGAAUGUCGAGCCGCGCUGCCGCACUCUUUGAACUUUCAAAGGGACCGACGGCUUGCGGUGAUGUGUUUUUCCAACUGAUUUCGCAUAAAAAAAUGAUACUCGACUUUAACAAAUCUUCACCCAAAUUUAAAAAAAUUUCAAACAGGAAGUAUUAAAUUGAAUGAUUUCAACAAAUUCAAUAGUUUUCGAAACGGCUAGACUUAGAAAUACAGGCUGACGAAAAUUAUCAAUCUAGGAAACAAAUGAAAAAUAGCUGUUCAUUCAAAAUAUCGAGGUUGAUAUAUAUAACCGGAAGUGCAGAAAUAUUUUAAUGGACCAGGACUCUAUCGAUAAUCUUGUAAUCUUUUCGGAUCAGUGUCAUUUUUAGAAUUCAAAAUGAGUACGUCUGAAGUGCGGUUCAGCAGAAACAACCUGUCUAUUCAUCUAGGAGUAUCUAUAUUACGAGAGGAUUUUCUCAUUAAAUACCGGGUGACCAGUUAUAUUCUGACCCAUUCCAACUGCUCUAUUUAUAUAGUCUAUUUCGAUAUUGAUAAUGUUUUUUUUACAGGUUCACCUUCUCUUGAACUUUCGUUUCGAUUCCAUUUAUUCAAUGAGAGCAUGUUAACAAUACAAGGUGUAUGAACAGAAAUCUUCUAAAGAAGACAUUGGACAUGAUAACAAUGUAAAACAUACAAUGUAGAACACUAACUUAGAUACGUCACAGAAAUACCCUCCAAGGGAGCUCUCAGAGGUGGUCGAUGCAGGCCUCGCCGAUCAUUAUGCCUCAUGUUCCGAUAUUGCUGACAUUACUGGUCACAGUAAGCAAUUUAGGAACACUAAACAGUAGCAGUAGUUUCGAAUUUUCAUUUCAUUUCGGAACGAUUUUGUCAGUAGUACACAGGCAGCAAAACAUAACCGUAUUCGAUUAUCGAAUUUCGAGGUUUUUUCAUCUCGUGUUUACUCACGUUGAAAUUAUGGGUGCAGCAGUAAAUCAUAUUUUCUUAGGAGGAAUAUUAUCCGAUAGUGAUUCUGAUUCAUCAGAAACACUAAGCUCUACUACCUCAAGUUCCAGUGAGGAACAAAUGGAUCAUUCUCUGAAUGCUAUCAUUAUCGUGAACAAGAUUAGAGGACCUGUCGAGAGAAUUCCUAGAAUUGAGAAUUAUAUUGGAAAUGUUAUUUUGCAUUACACUCCAGACAUUUUCAGACAACAUUUUAGAGUGUUUCCUGAUACAUUUCAUUUCCUGGUGGGGUGUUUGAGGAAAAAAAUAGGACAUUCAGAUGGGCCAGGAAGAUUCCAAAUUCCUUUAGAACAUCAAAUUCUAUUUGCCUUGUGGUAUAUGGCAACACCAGACUCCUAUAGGAAAGGCUACUGGUUUUCAUACAAUCAGAAGAGUAGUGAAUAAUAUUUGUCAACUGGAUCCUAAAUUCAUCAAAUGGACUAUGAAUAGGGUUGAUGCUGCUGUAAUUUGGAAUGGAUUCAUUGAUAAAGGACCAAUUUAAAAAAUUAUAGGUGCAAUAGAUGGUUGCCACAUCAAUAUAACUAAACCAUCUAUAGAUGGAAAUUCCUUUGAAAAUAGACACCAUAUUUGUUCCAAUCAACUGCAAGCAGUGUGUGAUCACCCACGUUUACAUCGGAAACUGUGGAUCUGUUCAUGAUCAGAGGGACUUAAGUUUAUCUGAGGUAUCUGCUUUCUUGAAUGAUCCAGACACAUAUUUCCCAGAAGAUAGUCACCUAGUUGGUGAUAGUGCAUACACAAUUCAUAGGCAUCUAUUGGUACCAUAUAGAAAUAAUGGACAUCUAUCAGAAAAACAGAUGUUUUUCAACACCAGCCUUUCCUCUGUUUGUGUAAAUAUCGAGAGGGCAUUUGGAUUCCUGAAGAACAGAUUUAGGAGGAUUUUAUAUUGUUGCCCAUUAACGGGUGUUCAGUUCAUCCCAAAAUAUGUGUUAGCAUGUUGUGUCCUGCACAAUAUUUGUAUUAUGAGACAUGUUCAUUAUCAAUGAAGACAAUAUUCAAGUUGAUGUCCCAAAUCCAAACAAUAAUAACUUCUGGGCAGUUGCUGGUCAGCACAAAAGGGAUAUAAUUACAAGGCAUAUUUGGCCUGGUGAGCUAUGAAUGAAAUUACUUAUUUAUUACAUCAAAUUCUCAAACUUUCAGCGUCAAGCCAUCAUCAGGAGAAUUUUCUGAAAGCAAGUAGAAUAAUACAAACUCUGAAUGAAAGUUAUAUAGUAAAGUAAUAAUUUUUUGUUUCUUGAUAAUUUCCACUAACUUGUUAAAAUUUUCAUUCACUUUCAGAAAUUAAUGCUGAUGAUGGCUUUUGGAGCUGAAAACAUUUGAGAAUAUUAUGCUUGUAAUGAAAUGUAUGUACUAUUAUAGCCUUUAUUCC